AUCUGCACAGAAAUGAGCGUAGCCAUCUCAAAAAUUAUAAUUUUUUUGCUACUGAUUAUCGCUACAGUUUAUGGACUAAAACAGAAAACAUUAAAUGAAUCAUUUGAAGAAUUUAAAGAACUAAGGCAGAAUCUUUUAGAUGAUUAUGAAGUUGGAGAAUAUUUUGGACGUUAUAAUGAGACAUGCAUGGCACAGCACCUAAAAAUAUCAAAAUUUGGCAACAAAACAAUAAACGAGGUUGAAGAAAAUAUUUUAUUGGAUUCAGCUUUAUUCACAUGUUCUGAAAGUGAUGCUUUUAAAGCUGGAAAACUUAUCCAAACAAGAUUAAUAAAGACAUACAAGCUUGAUGAAGAUGAAAAUUUUAUUAACUGUUUAAAGUCAAAACUGAUAGAGUUGGAUCCAUCAACAAAACUUGUCAAUUUUGAAGAUCGCAAAAAGUUGUCAACUUGCACAAAUCAAUUCCAAAAUCUUUUUCCAGAACAUUUAAAGGAUUUUAUCAACACACUUAAUGAACAUAUUUUUAAUACAACAUGUGGUAAAGUUUCAAUCGAUGAUCAUACAAAGACUUACAUCAAAUCAUUCUUGGUUUGUACUGAAGACCUUUCUCCUGCCGAUCGUAAUAUUGAAGAAAGACAAUUAUUGAAGGAACUGAAGUUUAAUGUGAUGUCUGGAUAUGAUUGCUUGAUGGCUAAAUUUUCGAGAAAGUAAAAACUAUAAUUUUUGACGUAUUGAUGCGCAUAAAUCCAAAAAUCAAUAAUCAUUCAAGCAUCAGUCUUUUAAUGACUCAUAAAAACUUACAUUUAAUGGGAACAAAAAUGGGAUCAGGUCAAUCAAUCAAUAAGCAAAAGAUGGAAGGAACAAGAUAAAGCUUCAUUGAUGGCGUUGACCAUGAAUUGUCCUUAACUUCCAACAUUAUUAAUCCACAACAUAUUUCCAACUUAAUUCUUCUUAUAAUAAAAUAUAUAAAUUGUAUAAUCGAUUUUUCUUUAUUAAACUUUAUGGAAUAAAAGACAUUCUGUUGCCAAAAAAAGAAAAGAAUGGUAUGAAGGAGCAAUGUCCAC